AAUUGGCGGCAGAAAUGGUAGAAGAACAAUAUGAUCUUCAACUGAAACGGCCAUUCAUAUAUCCGAGAUUGCAUUACAAGGGCAACGUAGAGGAAAGAUCAGUUGUCAUUCCUAAGAGAAAAGACCUAUUGAUAACUGAGAUACCUUCUCGACCAAGUACACAAAAGAUUUAUGAUAAAGUAGACCCCAAAUCGACUGUCAAUACCACUGCUGCAAAACAACCUGAGUAUAUAAUCGCUAAUGAUCGUAAAGAUAAUAAGGAUUAUUUGAUUAUUUCUAUCGAGACUCCCUCCAUGGAUUCUAAAUUUCUUCAGCAGACCAUAAUAGACAUAGAACCAUUACGACUCAUACUACACUCACCAGAUAAAUAUUCAUUAGAUAUACCUUUGCCUUUUCAAGUUGAUAUCACAACGGCCACAGCCAAAUUUGUAAAUCCUAAGAAAAGAUUUGUCAUAAGAGCCAAUAGAACAUGA